GCUUCUUUGCGCUUUUAAAUUAUUUAUUUCUUUUAAUGCCCCAUUGUAUGGAUAGCUGUCGCCAUUGUAUUGCCGUUUUACGUGUUUAUUUAGAUCCACUAUAAACACGUAAAUUAUGUUUAUAGAUUAUAGCCCCCGACCCACUGCUUUCUCGGUAUAAAAAACGGCUUUAUUAAAUAUGAAAAUUUAUAUUUUUUCCGUUUUUGCCGGAUAAGAGCGAUAAAGAGUCGUCUGUGAUUCAUGCACAUCUGCUUAAUGUUAUCAAAUUUCAAAUUAAUACAAAUUAAAAGAAAUAAGCUAGAAGCGUCGUGUAGUUUCGAGGUGGGAAAACAAUUAUAUCGUGAUAUGCACGCCACGAGCUUAUAUAUGGAGGAAGGGAGUUUAUAUAAAGGCAGAGUGGACUUGCAAGUCGGGUAUUGCGAUUGACAACUUGUCUACAUUGAUAAGUAUGUCAAUUUAUAAGGAAUGGUUCAUUCAGGUUUUAGUGGUCGUAGAUUGGAUUACUGUAUUCGUUGGCGUCGUUGGAAAUGUUUUGACAUUAAUCGCUUUGCUGAACUACGAGGCGAUUCGAAAUCCGAUCAUGAAGGCUCUUUUUGUCAGUCUUACUAUUUCCGACCUCGGAGUUCUUCUGAUGCGUCAUACGUUUCAUUCCAUUCAACUUUACAACGAAGGACGUUGGAUAUUCGGGGAGCUGGCGUGCAAGAUCAUUCCACCGGUGUCGCGGACAUUUCUCACUGUUGCGGUACUUACUUUGGUGGUAAUAUCCUAUCGCAGAUACAAAUGCGUAAUUUCCGUCUUCGACUCGGAGCCAUCGACGAGAAAAACACUCGUUACCAUUUCUCUAAUCUGGUGUACAGUAUUCACACUGUAUUUUUUUUUAGACUUUCCUCUUCGAAAAUUGGAUGAAACAACAGGAAGGUGCACGUACCGAGAUUCGGGCAUAAACUAUUCUGUUUUUGCUAUCGUAGAGAAAGCGCUUUACGCUCUUUCCAUUGCAUGUAUCGUGUGGAUGUGUCAAAAGAUGAGGCGUGCCCUAAAAGGUAGUCUCCGGGUUCAGGAGCGAUCGUCUGUUGGAAGAAAGUUAUCACUCAGUGCACAAAUGUUGAAAAUACUUCGACCGACAGUUGUCGUUUUGCUGAUAACACUUCCUCCAGCAUGGAUUCUGCACACGUUCGCUAUCCUGGGAGGCAAACGGUGGAACUUGGGGCACAUCGAACGUUAUACGAUCUAUCAUUUCGUAGGAAUAUUGAUGGUGUUCAACAGUGCCUCUAAUCCAUUCAUCUAUGUCAUAAUGUCACGUGGGUUCGCGAUUUCAUUUAAGAAGAUUGUACGUUCCUUCUGCUUAACGCUCAAAUUUUGGACGGCAAACUCUGCAUUUUGACUAAUGGAUAUCACAAAUAACUACAGAAGAAGUGUGAUUACAAUGGAUUAGGGUAUUUCCAGAAAAUACCAAACUGUUAUGUUAUUAAUUGUUAUUUAAUUCUUGUUAUUUAUUUACUUAUUAGUUUUAAUGAAGACAACUUGUCGA